AAUCCCCAGUCCCACAAGCGUCCCUCAUCUCUCCCAGUCCCACCAGUAAUUCCUGUGUUCUCCCCAGCAUACUGCAUUCCUACCAACACCCGCACCCUUCCCCGUUCCCCCGGUGUCUCCCAUCCUUCCCAAUCCCUCCAGCUCCGCCGGUGUCCCCCACCCUUCCCCGUGCCCUUAUUACCCCUCGUCCCUCCCAGUCCCUCAGUGCCCCAGUGUCCCCAAUCCCUUCAGCUCUCCCUAGUGUCUCCAGUCCUCACAUGGAGUCCAGUCCUCAUGCCUCCCAAACCCUCUAGCUCUCCCAGUGCCCCCCAUGCCCCUUAUCUCCCCAGGUCUCCCAGUGCGCCCAGUCCUUCCCAUUUCCCCCAGCACCCGCAAUAUCCCUCGUCCUUCCCAGUCCGCCCAGCACACCCCGGUGUUCCCCAUCUCCCCAGUGUCUCCCAGUCUCUCCCGGUGCCCGGCUCGGGACGAGACUGUCGCUCCGCGUCCGUUCCCUCGGGGUCCCGCAGUGCCCGGCGCGGGGUGUUUAGGACCCGCCGGGGUGAGGCGGCGCCGGUGCCGGUCCCGCCCCGGCCCCAUUGUCUGCGCGCGGAGGCGGAGGGACGGCGGCGGAGGCUCCGCUCGCACGGACGCUCCGCGGAGCCCGCACGGCCCCGGCUCCGGAACCGGUCCGGCCAUGGCCCUGGCCGAGGGACCGUACCUGUUGCUGCUGGCCGCCGCCCUGCUCGGGGCUUCAGCCAGCAGCGAGUGGUCCCCCCCGGAGCCCGUGUUCCUGCCUGUGGAGAUGGAGCUGCAGGCAGUGCCCGAGCACUACCGCCUGCAGCGUGCUGAUGGAGCCCUGCCUGCUAACACCUCUCUGCACAGCCGUUCCGACACCUUCCUGCUGCUGCCCCGCCACCCCACCGCUGGCCCCCCGCCUCUUCUGCGAGCCUCCUACCCGCCCUUCAGCACCCACCAGGAGGUGCCCACCAAGAGUCACACCUGGGCCGUCCGUGCCGUGCCCCUGCACAGCACUGUGAGUCCAGAUGAACCCACCGCCCGCGUCCUCUUCCACCUGCACGGCCCUGACUGGCGUGGACGGCGGGACCCCCCUGGGGAGCACUCGCUGCCCUGCAUUGUCCUGCAGGCCCAGCAGCGCAGCCGGACGCUGCAAGGCUCCUGCCGUGUGCAGGCCCCACUGGGCAUCUGCUUGGUGGAACUGGAGAUCCCAGCACGCUGGUUCUCCCUGGUGUCGUCCCCGGAGUCAGUCGAACUGUGGUAUGGCGUGGCUGGGCCGGGAACCUGCAGCCAUCCCAGUGCCACAGUGGAGCCCCUGCGGUACGUGGGGAUGCUGGAGCUGCAGACAGUGCCGGCAGUGGCACGGCGGCAAGAGGUGCCGUUGGAUGAGAGGGUGCUGCUGCGCGUCCCCGACAGAGCCUUGCGGCCUGGGCAGCGCUUCACCGCCAGCCUGGCGCUGCGGCACAACUUCACCGCCAUGUUGCUGACCCUGCGAGUCAAGGCCAAGAAGGGGCUGCAGGUGGUGUCCGCCCGGUCUGCGGACCCUGCGUGGGCUGUCCACUUGGAACGCAGCCGUGGCCCCAAGCACUGGUCGGCUGUGGUGACGUGUCGGCGCAGCAGGGACAUCCAGAGGAGCACCAGGGCACUGGAGGCGGCUGAGCUCCUCCAUCUGGAGCUGGCGGUGGAGAAUGGCACAGGGGCUCAGGCACUGGCACGACCCCUCACGUGGCAGGUGGAAUACCCAGGCCAGGACCCUGAGGCGCAGAAGGACAAGCUGGUGUGGGAGGUGCAGGUGUCGGAGCGUGACAUGCGCGUCCUCGUCCCCCUGGUGCAGGAGCUGGAGCUUCUCAAUACGUCCCCGCUGACCGGUGUCCCCCGUACCGUGCCGGUGACAUUGGUGACGGUGGAGGUGGGUGGUGCCGUGUCUGAGCUCAGUGAGCCGCCAAGCUGUGAGUCAGCAGAUACACAGGUGCUGCAGGUGUCGGAGGGCUGUGACGCGGUGUUCGUGGGGGGCAAGGAGAGCCGUGGUGCCCGUGGGGUGCGGGUGGACUUUUGGGCACACCGCCUGCAUGCCUCGCUGCUCUUCACCGUCUGGGCACCUCUGCUGCCAUUGCGUGUCCAGCUGGGAGACACUGCCCUGGAGCAGGUGCGUGGCUGGCGCCUGCCUGGGAACACUGACAGCUCUAGCAGUGAUGUGGAGGACCCUGGGGAGGAUGCUGAGCGGCGGACGCGGAGCUGCCGGCCGCAGUAUCAGCGCACGGCAGUGCGGUUCCUGGCAUACUUCGUGGCACAUGCACAGGAUGGUGGCCGCCACCUGUCCUACUUGCCAGGCCCUGAGUGGCUGCUGGAUGUCACACACCUGGUGGCCAGCUGGGCACGCGUGCAGGACCCCCGUGUGGCAUCACUGGAAGGCGGCACCGUGCUGGUGGGCCGGGAGCCCGGCGUCACCUCAGUGGAGGUGCGCUCCCCGCUGUCGGACGCCAUCCUGGGUGAGCAGAUGCUGGUGGUGUCGGAGGAGAAGGUGGCAGUGACAGAACUGCGUGCUGCAGUGGUGGCAGGGCUGGAGCUGGCGCUGCACCUGGAGCCUAGCCACCCUGGCUUGCUCACUGCCGUGUGCCAGGCCACGGCCACGCUGCGGGGCUCCAAGCAGGAGGCGACGCUAUCUGUCUGGCUGUCCUUCUCUGAUGGCACGCUGGCACCGAUGGAGCUGUACGGUGGGCAGGACGCCGUGCUGGCUGUCACCUCACUGGAUCCCACAGUGGUCACUGUGGUGGGGACCUCAUCCUGGCAUCCGCGAGUGGUGGCGGAGGGGCCGGGCCAAGGGGCCCUGCUGCAGCUCAGUCUGCACCCCCUGGAUGUGUGCCGCCGUGGCCGUCACCGUGCCGCUGUGUUGGCUGCCGGCACUGCCUUGUUAGAGGUGGCUGGGGAGCGCAGGACCCCCCCAAGCAGCCCCCGGUCUCCCAUGCCAUUCCCAAGGGCAGAGGGGGCCAUGUCGGGUGAGGCGGUGACGGCAGGCCAGGGGGAGCAUGGUGAUGUGGGGCUGGUCAACACAAAGCUGCAGGGCAUGGGGUCUUCCUCCGAGGAGGAGGAGGAGGAAAGAGAGGAAGGCUAUGGCCGUGGCAUGCAGGAGGAGGAGAAGGAAGAAAUGGUGAAGGCCCCUGCACGUGUGAGCGACCUGGAGAUCGGCAUGUACGUGCUGCUGGGCGUCUUCUGCCUGGCCAUCUUCAUCUUCCUCGUUAACUGCAUCUUCUUUGUGCUGCGCUACCAGCAGAAGGAGCCACCCGACAGCAGCACCGCUGCUGCGGCUUCCCAGCCCCACAACUGGGUCUGGCUGGGCACUGACCAGGAGGAGCUGAGCCGGCAGCUGGACCGCCGGCAGCCUGAGCCUGACAGCCUGCCGGGCCCCCAGCCUGAGCGCUGCUGCUGUGCAGACCCUCUGGCACCCGACACGGGGUCCCCCAGUGGAGCUCCCUCAGUGGAGCCCCGCAAAGAAGGGCCUGUGCCAGGGGGCAGCCGGCGGAAACGCGUGGAGUUCGUCACCUUUGCACCCCAGCGUGCCCCUGAGGAUCCCCCCCAGCCCACCCCCAAUGUGCAGUCCAUCCUGGUGGCUGGUGAGGAUGACAUCCGCUGGGUGUGCGAGGACAUGGGGCUGCGUGACCCUGAGGAGCUGCGCUGCUACAUGGAGAGGAUCCGUGGCAGCUCCUGACCCCCACCAGGACCGUCCUCUUUGUCCCUGUUCCUCCGUGGAGGGGACGCUGGUGGGACCAUCCCUAAGCCCCAUUGGGAAUCAGUGACAUCCCGCUGUCACCUUGCCCUGGGGUUUCCACUGCGGUGCUGGGGACACGGGGUCCCCUUCCUUGCUGCGGUUCUCAUUGCCACAUUGUGUUCAUAGUGCUGAUGCCGAGUUCUGUGCCCCCCCUUGACCGGCCUCGUGUCCGUUUUGUACAACAUUUUGUACCCAUUGCGCUGUGGGGUGGGGACCCUUAUUUAUGGAAGAUUUUUAAGUCUGAUUGUUGUUACAGAAAUAAAAUAUUUAA